GCUAGCCCCACCCACUCCAGGACCAGACCGAGCCAUGGCGAGGUGGGCGGAGUUGCUGGGCUUGCUGAAAAGGGCCGGAGGUGCCCUGGGGCCGCGCACUUGCUCUGCAUCCUCGAUGGCUCGCAGCAUGGCCGGAGCAUCGCUGUCUAGCCUGGCGGGAGUGCUGGUGCGGCCCCUGGGCGGCGGGGAGCCCGUCGACCUGGGCUCGCUGCUGGGCCGGGUGGUGCUGGUCUCCAACGUGGCUUCCCUCUGAGGCACCACGAGCCGGGACUUCACGCAGUUCCGAGAGCUCCAGCAGCGCUUUGGGCCUCAGGGGCUCACGGUGCUCGCCUUCCCGUGCAACCAAUUCGGCCACCAGGAAAAUUCCACCAACGAGGAGAUCCUGAAUUCACUAAAGUAUGUCCGCCCAGGCAAUGGGUAUGAGCCCAACUUCAGUGUCUUUGAGAAGUGUGAGGUGAAUGGGGAAAACGCUCACCCACUCUUCAAAUUCCUGAAGAAAGAGUUGCCCUUUCCACAUGAUGACCCCGUGUCUCUGAUGACCAACCCACAGUUCAUCAUCUGGUCCCCGGUGUGUCGCAGUGACAUCGCAUGGAAUUUUGAGAAGUUCCUCAUAAGCCGUGAUGGAGUGCCUUUCAAGCGUUACAGCAGGCGUUUUGAAACCAUCAAGAUCCAGGAUGAUAUUCAAAAGCUGCUUUAGCGAGUCACCAAGAACCAGAAAAUGUGCCUUGCAGAAAUGUCUACUUCUUUUUUUCAGCUAGGCUAUUGCUUAGAUGAUGUCCUAGGUUGAGUAUACUUUCCAUACUAGAGUGAAUUGUAGAUCUGUCCUAGAUUAGACUGGGCUGAUCUAACCGAAUAAGCAGAAGAAAGUUGCUUAUGCAUCAUAGCAAUGAAACUUAAUUGAAAUGCAGGAAUCUAUUUGCCGUGAUGUAAGCUAAAUUAUAACCCUUCCUCUAAUGUGAGAGGCAACCAUGUAUUACGUGACUCAAGGCUGAAUAAUAUGAGUGGCUGCUUUAAUGUGUGGGUUAAAUCCUACUAUGUGAAGCAGCCCUCCGUGUGCCAAACUCCAUGCUGUUUGUCUGUGUGGCCUGAUCUUGUUUUUCAGCAAUUCAUCUGUUUACUCUGGCAGUAAGUUUCUAUUCUCCAUCAAAAUUUUAUUUAUGAUGGUGCUUCUUCUAAACACUUGAAGGACACUUGAUGUAUUUGUAAAAUUUUGUAUGUGAAGAUGUAGUUAAUUACACUAGGGGAAACAGCAGUUUAUGAAAUUCUAUGCCAAUAAAAUGCUUCAAAGAC